CGACGGGAUCCUUGGAUGCCCGAAAACACGACCGCGUGCCUCCGGGCAGCGUCAGCGCUGCGCCAACAAACUUCCCCGGUCGCCGUCGGGCCUAGAGCCGGCAGCCGUUGGCUCGGCCGCCGCAAACCGCCAGAUGCCGUCACCGAGGCGUCACGGCCAGGACUCCUCCGGGCGCCGUCACUGCCAGUCAGUCCCUUGCCUGACCUUGUUGCCGUUCGGGCUCCCUGCUCCACACGGGCCCCAGCGCCCACGUUCCCAGUACGAUAGUACGUACUUUGUACCUGUAGAGUGAGCCGUUAUCGACAAGCGAGCAAUUGGAGCAGGAUUUCCUCUCCAUCAUGUAGCAACGUUCGUCAUCAUCACCACCACCUCUGCAUACCUACCACCGACGCAGGCCAACAAAGCCGCCCAGCAUUCCAGUGUCGCCAAACAAUCAUAACGAAUCAUCAAACAUCUUUACACGCACCCGUGCGCGUCCUCCAGGAUAAACCGGAGUGGACACCUGCCCUGCCCGUCCCUGCUCUGCUCUGGCCUCAACGUCCUCCGCCGACAACCGACCGCUGACCACCGCCGAUCGACGGAGAAGCACCAUCCGCCACCUCACCUUUCCCGGCUGCCACGAAAUCGCAUGCUGCUCACGUAUCGCACACGCUCUUCGGUCGCGUAAAAACGCAUCAACAGUGUCGCCCGGUGGCAAAGGGUUGAGGGAUCCCACUUUCUCCGGCCUCCCGAGUCCCGCGCAACCGCGCAUGCGCGAGCCCCCCGGCCCAGGCCGCUGGCGAGCUGCAUGUCGGCACGACAAGGUCGCCUCAAGGAUGAGGGUACCAAGCUCCAGGUCGUCUCGGCCGGCGCCGUAGCCGGCUUGGUAUCUCGAUUCGUGAUCGCGCCCUUGGACGUUGUCAAGAUCCGUCUUCAGCUCCAGCCAUAUUCCCUGUCCGACCCCCUCCUCCCCCUGCGCCACGCCCCGGCCUAUCGCGGCACCUUUGCCACCCUCGAUCACAUCAUCCGCCAUGAGGGCUUCACGGCCCUGUGGAAAGGAAACGUCCCUGCUGAGCUCAUGUACGUCUGCUACACUGCGGUCCAGUUCACCACGUACCGCUCCGCGACUUUAUUCCUCCAAACUGCGCUGCCCACACGCCUCCCGGACGCCGCCGAGAGCUUCAUCGCGGGCGCCGCAUCGGGCGCCGCGGCCACCACCGCGACAUACCCCCUCGACCUCUUGCGGACACGCUUCGCCGCACAGGGCCGGCACCGGAUCUAUGGAUCGCUCCGGGAAGCGACGUGGAACAUUUAUCGAGACGAGGGACCCCGGGGCUUCUACCGGGGCCUGGCCCCCGCGGUGGGCCAGAUCAUACCAUUCAUGGGCAUCUUCUUCGUCAUGUACGAAGGCCUUCGGGUGCGGCUCGCCGGCCUGAAUAUGCCUUGGGGCAGCGGCGAUGCUACCGCCGGCGUCGUGGGCAGCGUCAUCGCCAAGACGGCCGUCUUUCCGCUCGACCUGGUACGGAAGCGCAUCCAGGUCCAGGGCCCCACGCGACGCCACUACGUCUACAACGACAUUCCCGAGUACACCACGGCUCUGCGCGGCAUCAGGACGAUUGCGCAGACGGAGGGCAUAAGGGGGCUUUACAAGGGGCUACCCAUCAGCCUCAUCAAAACGGCGCCCGUAAGCGCCAUCACACUGUGGACGUACGAGCGCACCCUGAAACUCAUGAUUAGCUUUGAUUCGCGCCGCGAGACGCUACCAUUAUAGACGGGUCUAUUGGAGUUUUGAUAUCUUUAGUAGGGCGCUGGCGGCCGGCAAGUCUAGAUUUUGGUAGAUCCCCCCACGGCGAAUGAAUGACAAGUCCUUUUCUGGUUUCCUGGCCACCCUUUUACUGCUGCAGCCCCUCGUUGACGGUGUCGGCCCGCUGGAUGCAUUCCUCGAUGACCUUCCAAAACUUGGCGACGUCCAUGGCGCGCGGGAUGCGCACGCCUUCGGACCCCGGGGGCAGCGGCGUGGCGAUGGUGCGCCCCGUCUGCUUGAGGCCCAGCUUGGCCUCCUCGAAGGUGCCUUCGGUGACGACGCGGACGUCGAAGCGCUCGGCGUGCUGCGGUGGGGCGCUCCUGGCCUCGUCCCACUCGGAGAAGGGGAUCUCGUCGUCGGUGCCGGUGAGAACGGCGGCGACGGCGAUGGGAUCGUGCAGCGGCGGCCCUUGGGUGAUGCCGAAGACGUCUCUGCGUGAUGUGAGCGGAAGGCCAUCUUCUCACAACGAUGGGUGUGUGGGUGGAUGGCUGUGGGAGGAGAGGCGCUUGCUGCCUUUUGAAGGACGGACAGGGUCACUUACGAAUAUGUCUUUGCGAAAAAGUAGAGCAGCUCGACGAGCAUGGUGCGCAGCGUCGACUUGCCGGGGGCUGGGGCGGUGGGA